AUGUGGACAAUGGACGUCGUUCUUGGUGAAAAGCAACAAUUGAGAGGGGUGCGAUGGAUUGAUUUGCGCCGAACCCUCGAAGCCUUCAUCGUGGCAGGCACUCUGGCAAGCCUCCCGAGACCGCGGCUCUCCGCGCGGAUACCCAACACACAUACGAUAUGGAGGACCGGUAGCGCCUCCACGGGCCGGGGAGCCAUUAGAUGUGUGUCGAUCGAUAACAGACUCGGUCUUGGGACGGGAGCAGCGCCGCCGCAGGGCAUCGCCCCUGGAAGGGUGGCACCUAAAGAGAUGGCAGCUACGGUUCCUGGAGGCACAACUCUGGGUGUGCCGGGCCAGACGAAGCAAAAAUUCAAUAAAGUACUGGGUCUACAACCCGAGCAAAACGAAAAGGAGCUAUACGCCAUCUUCAGGGCGGAUUCAACGUCACGAUUCUAUGUGCCGGCCGUCAUGAUGGGUCACAACUCGACGCCGCCACCUUCCUCGCGUACGGUUCACGUUCUCGGAAACGACGAGCGAUCGCUAUUUCUGUCACACGCUCUGCACGGCAUUUACGACUCAGUGAAGACGCUAGACAUACCGGCCAACACACCAUAUCGGGGCAUUGCCGGAAACCUAGGCACCAGGAAGAAUCCAAAAGGCUGGAUCGAACCGAAUGCCGCAUUAGAGACGUCGCCAGAAGUAGAGAAGGACGACACACAUAUCAGCAACCUCGUUGUGGCCGGGAGACCGAGCGAGAGCAUUAAGCUGCUCGAAAAGGUUAAGCACCGGAUCGACGACCGGACGGCCGUCUGCUAUGUUCAAGACGGACUCGGCGUCGCGGAGGCGGCCACGAACCGAGUCUUUCCGGAGAAAGAUAAGCGCCCGUCGAUUAUGCUCGGACACAUGACGCACUCCCUGGCAUUUGAUCGAAAGGCAAAGUCUGUCAAGGUGAUGACGCCCAAAUACGAGACGGCGCUCGCUGGUGUGCGGCCCUACUACGGCCCCAAAAAGUCUAAGCACCUCUCGACAGAUAGCUGGCUGCGGACACAAGGGAUGAUGAAGCAGUUUGCGUCGUCGGACCUCCUUAAGGCGAAAGGUCUGGCCCUCGACAGUUGGAUGAACGUCAAGAUCCCGUCGCUCAUGUUCUCGGCCGUCUGCGACCCUAUUUGCGUCAUGCUGGACUACCGCUACAAUGAGCUCAUCUACAACCCGACGGCCAAUAAGCUCAUCAAUCAGCUCCUGAACGAGAUCGCCGACGUGGUUGCGCGCAUGCCCGAGGUCAAGAAUUCGCCCGAGCUGCAGAGCGUCUUGCGGGGGGAGGGCAUGCGCAAGGAGAUUAUGGGGAAGCUUAGAGGGAAGGGGUCAGCGCCGAGCAAGAUGGCGUUGCAGAUCCAGCGGGGCAUGUUGACGGAUAUUGACUAUUUGAACGGCUUCUUUAUUGAGAGGGGCCGUAGGCUGGGCGUGAAGCUGCCGGCGAAUGAGAUGGUUGUGGGCAUGGUCAAGGCAAAGCAUAAGGCGCAAGUGGAGAAGAACCGGUCGUACAUGCCCUUAGAGCUGACCUCGAGGAGAUGA